AUGACAACUAUUAAUAAUAAUUAUAAUGAUUUAUUUGAAGAAAAUAAAUCAGCUUUCUUAUUUUUUGAUAAUAUAUUAGAAACACUUGACUUUGUUAAAAUAUUUGAGUUAUUUAUUAUGAAAUUAACAUACUAG